AUGGAAGCGAUCAGCAGAGUUCCGGAGCAAAACAGGCGGGUGAUGGUAGCUAUGGACGAUAGCGAGGAGAGCUUCUACGCUCUCAACUGGGCUCUAGACAACGUCUUCAAAAAUGGCCCAUCCCAUGAAGAAGAAGAAGAAGAACACAGUGGCGUCAUCACUCUGGUUAAUGUCCGACCUCCUUUCCAGCCCUUCGUCUACCCUACCGGUCCAGGUGUGCAUCACAUAUAUGGUGUUGUAGUUGUUUUCGCGACGUCUACGGUGAUUGAUACAUACAGAAAAUCCCAGCAGCAGAUGGCCAAAGUAGUCCUUUCUAAAGCGUUGCAAAUGUGCAAGGAAAAGAUGGUUAAAGCAGAAACUUUGGUUGUGGAAGGGGAUCCCAAGGACAAAAUUUGUCAAGCUGCUGAGGAAAUGCGCGUUGAUCUUCUUGUUGUGGGCAGUCGUGGGCUUGGCAACAUUACAAGGGCAUUUCUGGGAAGCGUGAGCGAUUAUUGUGCACAUUACGCCCACUGCCCAGUUCUCAUUGUAAAGCCGACGCCCAAAGAAUCCCCACGAGUAGCACCCUAGAAGGCAAAAAAUCUUGCAAAUAUGCAUGGCU